AUGACCAUUGUAACUGUGAGCCCGGAGGCCUUCGCCGUGCACCGCCUGGUGCUGGCGGCCAGCAGCCCCUACUUCGCGGCGCUCUUCGCGGGCGGCAUGAAGGAGUCCGGCCGGGAUGUGGUGCGGAUCGCGGGCGUCGAGGCGGGCACUUUCCACACGCUCCUAGACUUCAUCUACACAGGGGUGGUGAGCAUCGGGGAGCACAACGUUCAGGAGCUGAUCGUCGCCGCCGACAUGCUGCAGCUCACCGAGGUGGUGGAGCUCUGCUGCGAGUUCCUGAAGGGGCAGAUCGACCCGCUGAACUGCAUCGGCCUCUUCCAGUUCUCCGAGCAGAUCGCCUGUCACGACUUGAUGGAGUUCACCGAGAGCUACAUCCACGCGCACUUCCUGGAGGUGCAGAGCGGGGAGGAGUUCCUGGCGCUGACUAAAGAGCAGCUGAUUAAGAUCUUGCGAAGUGAGGACCUGAGCAUCGAGGACGAGUACCAGGUUUUCAUAGCGGCAAUGCAAUGGAUUUUGAAGGAUGUGGGAAAAAGAAAGAAAUACGUCGUAGAAGUACUGGAGCCUGUUCGAUUCCCUCUGCUGCCAGCACAAAGGCUACUAAAAUACAUAGAAAGUAUUCCAGAUUUCAGCCUUCGGGUGGCCCUGCAAACUCUGUUGAAAGAAUAUUGUGAAGUCUGUAAAUCUCCCAAAGAGAACAAGGUCAGCAGUUUUCUGCAAGCUUCUAAAGGUCGUCCCCGGAGGAAAGCCAGGAAGUACCUUUAUGCAGUAGGUGGGUACACCCGACUGCAAGGGGGACGCUGGAGUGACAGUAGAGCCCUCAGCUGUGUGGAGCGAUUUGACACCUUCAGCCACUACUGGACCACAGUGUCCUCUCUCCACCAGGCCCGGAGUGGGCUGGGUGUGGCUGUGGUGGGAGGAAUGGUCUAUGCCAUUGGAGGUGAGAAGGACUCGAUGAUUUUUGACUGUACUGAAUGUUAUGAUCCUGUUACUAAGCAGUGGACCACUGUCGCUUCCAUGAACCAUCCCCGUUGUGGACUGGGAGUAUGCACAUGCUAUGGUGCUAUCUAUGCUUUGGGAGGUUGGGUUGGAGCAGAGAUCGGCAACACAAUUGAAAGAUUUGAUCCUGAAGAAAAUAGUUGGGAUGUGGUGGGAAGCAUGGCUGUGCCCCGUUACUGCUUUGGGUGUUGUGAAAUGCAAGGUUUGAUUUAUGUUGUUGGUGGUAUCAGCAAUGAAGGAGUAGAGCUACGUUCUGUUGAAGUCUACGACCCAAUAUCUAAGCGCUGGUCUGAGCUCGCUCCAAUGGGCACCCGAAGAGCGUAUCUUGGUGUAGCUGCUCUCAACGAUUGUAUCUAUGCUGUGGGAGGCUGGAAUGAAUCUCAGGAUGCACUUGCUACUGUAGAAAGAUACUCCUUUGAAGAGGAAAAGUGGGUUGAAGUUGCAUCAAUGAAGAUACCAAGAGCUGGUGUUUGUGUUGUGGCUGUGAAUGGAUUUCUUUAUGCCUCGGGAGGCCGAGCUCCCAGUCAUGAUUUUGCUGCUCCGGUAACCUCUGACUCUGUUGAAGUUUAUAACCCUCAUAUGGACAGUUGGACUGAAAUUGCCAACAUGAUCACCAGCCGCUGCGAAGGAGGUGUAGCUGUGCUGUAAAACUCACAGAAGAAAACUCAUUCAAGGAAUGAGUAAAUCUGUCUCCUCAGAUUUCCGGUUUCGUUGGCCAGAAACCUAUUCUAACACAGGAGCUUCAGUAGGGACAGUGGAGAAUUAGAUCAGAGGGCUUUUCCUGAGCAAAAGGAAAUAUUAAAACUCUUGCCCUUCAGAGUAAAUUGGCUUAUCCAAUGUCUGUCUCAGGAAGUAUUGUUAAGAGUACGAAUGCCUCUUAUGACUGGAUUAAGCUCACUGAAAUAAAUGGUGAAUUUGUCCUGUAAAAAUCUGAAGAAAUCAUUCCAGCACAUUAGAGAUAUUAAUCAGGUUGUUAACUCUCUAAGGUACACCAAAGCUAGCAUCUUUAGCUGGCCUGACCAUCUGGAAGGAGGCUACUAUAGACAGCUAGGAGUUACCAGUAGAUAAGAGCAGAUGGGCUACUUGGUUAGCAUUAGUUGUCCUUUUCUGGUGGAAAACAAGGAAGAGAAGGUAACAGAUGGGGAAGACUUGGUACCUCUACUUACAACCUUGACGCAUUUGAGCCUCUUUGCUGCUGCUGGACAUGAUGGGCAUUAAAUAUGAAUUGGAUAUUUACUUUCUGGCCACCCCACUAACUUGGAUGGUAAGUGGCUGAGAAUUUCCUGUUCUGGAAGGUUAUUCUAACAGUUCUAAUAGUGUCAUUGAGCUUCAGCACACGCUUUUCUUCUCAGUGGUAUCAGUGAUGACAGUAGAGCUCCUUUUUGUGUAAGCUCUGAUGAAUUUUAAAUGGAAAUGCUAUUCCUUAGAUUAGCUGUUCUGUUUAGGACUGCUCUUAAUAUAAAAAUACAGGGGAAGCCUUUUGCCCCCUUC